ACGCCCGGAGCUGUUUCCCGACGGUGCAGCCGCAAGGCAUCGCAGGGGCCCCGCGCUACUGCCCUGCUCCCUCAAAGUCCCAGGUCCCCUCCCCCGGUGCUGAUCAUUAACCAGGAGGCCGUAUAAGGAGCUAGCGGCCCUGGCGACAGGGAGGGACGCAACGCUGCCACCAUGGACAGUAGCACAUGGAGCCCCACGACCACCGCGGUCACCCGGCCUGUUGAGACCCACGAGCUCAUUCGCAAUGCAGCCGAUAUCUCCGUCAUCGUUAUCUACUUCGUGGUAGUGAUGGCCGUCGGACUGUGGGCUAUGUUUUCCACCAAUCGUGGGACCGUUGGAGGCUUCUUCCUGGCAGGCCGAAGUAUGGUGUGGUGGCCGAUUGGAGCCUCCCUCUUUGCUAGUAACAUUGGAAGUGGCCACUUUGUGGGGCUGGCAGGGACCGGAGCAGCUUCAGGCAUCGCCAUUGGAGGCUUUGAAUGGAAUGCCCUGGUUUUGGUGGUUGUGCUGGGCUGGCUGUUUGUCCCCAUCUAUAUUAAGGCUGGGGUGGUGACGAUGCCAGAGUACCUGCGGAAGCGGUUUGGAGGCCAGCGGAUCCAGGUCUACCUUUCCCUUCUGUCCCUGCUGCUCUACAUUUUCACCAAGAUCUCGGCAGACAUCUUCUCGGGGGCCAUAUUCAUCAAUCUGGCCUUAGGCCUGAAUCUGUAUUUAGCCAUCUUUCUCUUAUUGGCAAUCACUGCCCUUUACACAAUUACAGGGGGCCUGGCGGCGGUGAUUUACACGGACACCUUGCAGACGGUGAUCAUGCUGGUGGGGUCUUUAAUCCUGACUGGGUUUGCUUUUCACGAAGUGGGAGGCUAUGACGCCUUCAUGGAAAAGUACAUGAAAGCCAUUCCAACCACAGUGUCUGAUGGCAACACCACUGUUCAGGAAAAAUGCUACACUCCAAGGGCCGACUCCUUCCACAUCUUCCGAGAUCCCCUCACGGGAGACCUCCCAUGGCCUGGGCUCAUCUUUGGGAUGUCCAUCCUUGCCUUGUGGUACUGGUGCACAGAUCAGGUCAUUGUGCAGCGCUGCCUCUCAGCCAAGAAUAUGUCUCACGUGAAGGCCGGCUGCACCCUGUGUGGGUAUCUAAAGCUGCUGCCCAUGUUCAUCAUGGUGAUGCCAGGAAUGAUCAGCCGCAUUCUGUACACAGACAAAAUUGCCUGUGUCGUCCCCUCAGAAUGUGAGAAAUAUUGCGGUACCAAGGUUGGCUGUACCAACAUCGCCUAUCCAACCUUAGUGGUGGAGCUCAUGCCCAAUGGACUGCGAGGCCUGAUGCUGUCAGUCAUGCUGGCCUCCCUCAUGAGCUCCCUGACCUCCAUCUUCAACAGCGCCAGCACCCUCUUCACCAUGGACAUCUACACCAAGGUCCGCAAGAGAGCAUCUGAGAAAGAGCUCAUGAUUGCCGGAAGGUUGUUUAUCCUGGUGCUGAUUGGCAUCAGCAUCGCCUGGGUGCCCAUUGUGCAGUCAGCACAAAGUGGGCAACUCUUCGAUUACAUCCAGUCCAUCACCAGUUACUUGGGACCACCCAUUGCGGCUGUCUUCCUGCUUGCUAUUUUCUGGAAAAGAGUCAAUGAGCCAGGAGCCUUUUGGGGACUGAUCCUAGGAUUUCUGAUUGGGAUUUCACGUAUGAUUACUGAGUUUGCUUAUGGAACCGGGAGCUGCAUGGAGCCCAGCAACUGUCCCACAAUUAUCUGUGGGGUGCACUACUUGUACUUUGCCAUUAUCCUCUUCACCAUUUCUGUCAUCACCAUCGUGGUCAUCUCCCUCCUCACCAAACCCAUUCCGGAUGUGCAUCUCUACCGUCUGUGUUGGAGCCUGCGCAACAGCAAAGAGGAGCGUAUUGACCUGGAUGCGGAAGAGGAGAACAUCCAAGAAGGCCCUAAGGAGACCAUUGAAAUAGAAACACAAGUUCCUGAGAAGAAAAAAGGAAUCUUCAGGAGAGCCUAUGACCUAUUUUGUGGGCUGGAGCAGCAGGGUGCACCCAAGAUGACUGAGGAAGAGGAGAAAGCCAUGAAGAUGAAGAUGACGGACACCUCUGAGAAGCCUUUGUGGAGGACAGUGGUGAACGUCAAUGGCAUCAUCCUGGUGACCGUGGCUGUCUUUUGCCAUGCAUAUUUUGCCUGAGUCCUACCUUUUGCUGUAGAUUCACUAUGGCUGGACUCUUACUCACCUCCCUUUAGUCUCGUUCUGUGGUGUUGAAGGAAAACCAGCCAGUUGUAAAUUUUUCCCAGGAGGAUAAAUGUGUAUAUGUGUAAUUAUAGGCUAGCUGGAAGAAAACCAUUAGUUUGCUGUUAACUUAUGCAUUUGAAGCCAUUGUGAUGCAGCCAUCUGUACCUACUGGAGCUGCAGAAGGGAAGUCCACUCAGUCACAUCCAGAAAAAGGCAGACUAAGAAUCAGAAGCCAUGUGAUUGAUGUCUGAUGUGAGUCUGUCUCAAGUAGAUUCCGGGUGUCAGUGUGGUUUGUAAUCCUUGAAUAUUGUUUUAAGAACUUUGGUCUCCCUGAUUCCUGCUACUUUUCCUGUCUGUCCUCCUCCCCAUUUUUUUUAAAGAAAGCUAUCUUCCCCCCAUCAUAUGCCUCUUGAGUUUUGCCUGGACUUUCCCUCUCAAGUGUGUCAAUCAGGUAAACUGAGGAAUGCAUGGAAGCUGAGGAUGGAGCUUGAUGGGCUCCCUGUCCUGGGUGUUUGCUUUCUGAAGUGGAGGCCUGAGGAAGGUAGUACUUCCACAAAAGGGAGGGACCCGGGCCCCAGCCUCAAGCUAGUGGGGGAGGCAGAUAGCCUGAGUCCAGGGGAUUUUCUGGGCUUCUUAAAAUGUCCAUUGUGAGCUCCCUGUGUUUGGAAUUCCACUCAUUUUGGCAUUCACAGGCCUGGAAUGUCUUAGAUUUUAAGCAAUGCUUGUUGAAUAAAUGAAUGACACAGGCAUUUAUUUAUAAAUCCUUGCUUUCUUUUUACGUGAGCCUGGCCCUUAGUUAAACUCUUCUUGUGGCUACACAAAGUACGCCCACUGGUUACUAAUGACUUGGGAUGCAUUUGUCAAACUGAUUAUAUCAGUUUUCUAGGGAUGCCUUAACAAAGUAGCACAGACCAGAUGGCUCAAGCAGCAGACAUUUAUUUUCUCACAGUUCUAGAGGCUAGAAGUUGGAGACCAAGAUGUCAGCAGGGUUGGUUUCUUCUGAGGCCUCUCUCCUUGGCUGCAGAUGGUCAUAUCUCACUCUGUCUUCCAUGGCCUUCCUUUUGUCUGUGUCCUAAAUCUACUCUUCUUACAAGGACAUCAGUCAUAUUGGAUUAGGACCCACCCUAAUGUCUUCAUUUUAAUCACCUCUUUAAAGCCCCUACCUCCAAAUACAGUCACACUGUGAGAAACUGAGGGUUAGGAAUUCAGCAAGUGAGUCUUGAGGAGAUAUUAAACAAAUCCACAACACAGAUAAAGUAUGCAUUUUGGAGAUUUCCAAGCCAGAGUCUCCCAUGAAAAAGGUAAACUGAAGCAGAUAUUAUGCAGCAAAAGGAAACAGAAUUACAAACUGAACGUAUGUAGGUGAGGCAAGGCAGGGUGGGGCAGGGCCUUUGGGUAGGCUGAUCACAGGGUUUUUCAACAAUAAAUCAAUGGGAAUGCGUUUGUUGCUCCCAGGACCCUGGCACCUUGACUCUGGGACUAUAGCAUGUCAGCAAAUAAAAGCAAAGCCCAACACUCUGAUUUGCAUUUAUGCCAAUCUAAACUAUCCGGUGUUUAGUUUGAUUUUUUGAGUGCAGGUUCAUUCAAGGACCAGGUUCCCUUGUGCUCAGGGUGAAGUAGAACCAGAAAACAUUGUUAUCCAUCCCCAGAAGUUUUGGAAGAGUCUUGGUAGAAAAGCAGAAGCUGCUUUGACCGUGAAAAUAUUUGAUUCCUAUCAGUUUUUGGUCAGGAGAAGAUAUCCACCUAGACCAACCCGAGGAGAAGGCUCAGAGUACAGAUAUACCCCGAGCAACGUGAUCAAUGUCCUUGAACCUUCAUUUUUCAUCUGAAAACAGUUAUAAAUGCCUGGCUGACAGAUUUAAAUGUUAUACAUUGACAGCAUUUAUCAAUAUAACGUUUAUUUAAAUGAGUAGGUGCUCAAUAGGUGUUGGUCUUCUAACUUGUCUACAUCCCAUCACCAUUCCAGGAUCUUCAGAAAUGAAGGAGAGAUGUUGUAUCACUGUUAGAAGGCUGCUUUGGGACAUUCUGCAGCAGGCAGGAGGGACUGUCAACCCCUACACCAUGACCACCAAGUUCCUCACCUUGGCUGAGUCCCUAAAUCUCUCCGAACCUCAGGUUCCUCCAAGCAUAAUGCAGACUUCACAGAGCUGCUGUAAAGAUUAGGUGAGGUCAAUUGAUAUUGCUUAAAAGGCCUGGUCCAUAGAAGAUGCCCAAUAAACAUUACUGCUUUCCCCCUCACCCUACUGCCUGAAAAAAUAUUACACCUGUGAGACUGACUUUGAGGACCAGUGGGGGUGGGGAGUUGUGCAUAUAAACUAUUUAAUGAGUACCAAACACAAAAGUCAAGCUUGUAAAAUAUCAGGCCUUGCCCCAGAAAGACAAAUACCACAUGAUCUCACUGAUAUGUAGAGUCUUAAAAAGUCAAACUCAGAAGCAGAGAGUAGAAUGAUGGUUAUCAAGGGCUGGGGGAGGGAGGGACUGGGGAGAUGUUGGUCAAAUGAUACAAAGGUUUAGUUAGGUGGAAUAAGUUCAGAAAAUCAAUUGUACAAUAUAUCAAUUAUAGUUAAUAGCAAUAUAACGUAUACUUGAAAAUUGCUGAGAGCAGUGUGAGUGUUCCACCACAAAAAAAUGUGCAGUAAUAGAUGUUAAUUACCUUAAUUUAGUCAUUUCACAAUAUGUACAUAUAUAAAAAUAUGUUGUAUGCCAUAAGUAUAUAUAAUUAUUAUUUGUGAAUUUAAAAAAUAAAAAUAAUUUCCAAAAAAA